AUGUACCGAGGAGGAUCGUCCGAACUCGGUCUUGGUAGGGGAAGAGGAGGACGAGGACGCGGCGGCGGCGGUGGUGGUGGACGGGGCCGAAACCGCAAUUUGUUACCACCUCCUACCAACCGACAUUCUUCCGCCUCCCUACGAGAGAGGAAUACUACCAGCGUCAAGGCGGCCGCCUCGUCGUCUCGCACGGUUGAGGAAACACUUAGUAUUGUUCCGAGGGAGGUUCCUCCGGCUUUUGGAAUGACCAUACGCUUAGCUCCUGACUUGAUGGAGGAGAUCAAGCGGGUGGAGGCACAGGGUGGAACCGCCAAGAUCAAGUUUGAUGCGCUUCCUAACAGUAGCACUGGGAAUAUAAUUAAUGUCGGUGGGAAGGAGUUCAAAUUUACCUGGUGUAGGGAGCCUGGCAAUUUAUGUGAUAUAUAUGAGGAACACCAAAGUGGUGAAGAUGGAAACGGUGUGCUGGUCGAGGCUGGAUGUGCUCGGAGAAAAUUGAACGUCCAGCGAACUCUAGAUGAGUCAACCACAAGCCAUUUGAAGAUGCUCUCAGUUGAAGCUGAACAGAGAACCAAAUCACACAAGUUAAUUGUUUUAGAUCCUGCCACUGCGAGUCCAUCACUGAAGAAGCAGUUAACUCGUGCUGAAGCUCCAUGGAGAAUGUCAAAUAAACAGAAGAAAGAACCUCCACCUAAGAAGCGGAAAGUUGAUCCAGCUCCAGUUGUAAUCGGAGGUCCAAAGCCUUCUUUCAGACCAGAGGCUUCAACCACUUCUGUGAAAAAUAGGCUAUCAGCUUCACUGGGACCAUCUCCUUCUAACCAAUACGAUACCCCUUCUUCAUGUGGGACUGGGAAUAUUGCUAAAACCCAUGCAGAUAACGUGAAGACAAGGGGCGGAGAGAGCAUGGUUGCUAGCGAAAAAGAUUUAUCAACCUGGGAAAGUAAUGCAUUAAGGAACACAUCUGGACGCCAAGAAACCAAUGUCAAUGAAGAAAUUGACUUGCAUGUACUGUUGGAUGAUCUCCUAAAAGAGGCUCCAAUGAGCUUGAAGGCACUAGCGAAAGCUGUUGGAGAUAGAACCCCUAAUGAGGCAAAGUUGAUUGAAACAAUUUUGAAAAAGAUUGCGAAUUUCCAAGCUCCAGGUAGUUUCUUAAAACCAGGAGCAGAUUUGGAAAUCUAUAAAAGUCAUUCAACGGAUAGCAAAAGCUCGCCUGAACGCCAGCAAUUGCUUCAAAUCACUGACAGCAGUCGCGACCAGUUACCCGUUCCAGGGGUCAGCAACAUGGAGAACUUUUCUGUGUGCGAGCGGAAGGGAGAAGGUUCACAAGACUCUUUGCAUGUGCAUCUAGAAGAGAAACUGAGCGCGCAAGAAAAUGUUGACGUUGAGAAGGAUUUACCUGGUAUUCUUCAUGAGGAGAAGCGAUUUGAAAAUAGAGAUGGACAGGCUCGUAUCUCUAACAGCGAGAGUGAUAAUGACAAUAAUGACAGUGGGAGCGAUAGAGGGAGCAGCAGUGAUAGCGAGGCUUCUUCUGUCAGCAAGGAAGUUUCUGAUGAGGAUGUGGAUAUAAUAAUGAGCGAUGGUGACAAAGAACAGUCAGCUGAGCGGGAUGCUAUUGAUCUCCCAUCAGCAGAGAUUGAAGGUUUCAAAAAGAAGUUGCCUGAGGUUUCAGUCUCCCACAAAUCCACUCCUACAGCCAGAGAUCUCCAAGAAGCUGAAUUGCAGCUUUUGAAACAGCGGCUGCAGUUUGUGAGAAACUCCACAAAGCUCUUCAAAAGUAAGGCUGCGUAUGAAGCUUCUCAACGUAAAUUUCUAGCAGGAGAGUUUGGUAGAUUGAAGCUUGACAUCGGCAGCCUCAAUGAUCGCGUGAAUCAUCUGUACGAGUACUUUUCUGCUUCUCACAAGAGAAGAAAAAGGGUUUUGGUUGCCGAGCCGUUGGUACAAUUUCCUGCCAUAUGUAAAGAUCAACAGCCUUCAGAGCGCAAGUACGAUUUGGAACAUCUCAACGCUUCUGCCGGUCAAAUGAUAGAUCCACUUAAAGAACUUCAGAAGUCAUCUACUGAAUGUUUGAGUAGACAUGGUCAAAUGAAUCCUGGUGAUAGUUCAGGUAAAUCAAACAAACAUUCUGAUGCCUUGGGUAAUGUUCGUGGUGAAAAUGACCAGAACCGCUUAUCAGAAUCUCCGAUUGCUCCCCGACAGUCGCAUCUACCUACUUGGAGUUUUCGCUCUGUCCUUCAUCACCUCUGCUCUAGUUUCGAAAGUAAUAACCAAAUAUCUCUCGCCACACCGGAUGUUCUCCGGUACCUGGUCACUAGAACAGAAACCGCUCAAGUGUCUCCGGGAGAAACUGCGGAACCGAUUCAAGUACUAACUGAGAGUUCAUUGAUCCUUGAACCAAAAUCGGAUGGUGAAUCAAGAACUGAGAAUAUGGAUACGAGUUCACUGGAGAAGAGUUUGAUGCUUGGAGAUGUUUUGGAGGGAACUGACUUGCAAGAUGCAUCUGGCCGUAGCAAAUACAAAGAUGUUUUCGCUGGGUUUGAGAAACUCAUUAAUGGAAGUGGAGGAGACUUCGCUCCUGUGAAUUUCUGCGAGGCAUUGGAUGUGAACGACUAUGGUUAUGAUGCUAUGCCUAAACAAGCAAUUGAUCUAGUUCAAAGCACGGUAGAGAUUCCUGGUGUUGCCGAUGAGUUUCAGGUAGAUUCAAGAGAAGUUGAUGACAAGGUUUCUGAAAUUACUAGGAGUAAGGCUGUAAGUUGUGGAGUCUUUGAGACUAAUGAUGAAGAGAUGUAUGAUGCCGAGAUAUCUGGGGUUGAUGGUGAUUCCCCAAUGGAUAUGCACAAGGAGACUCAUGUCUCACAUGAGGUUUUGGAUAAAAGAGGAGAAGGGACUACUAGUAAGAGUAACUGUUCUAGUUUUGAGGUACUGGAUGUAGAAAAUGGAGUGAAGGAGAAUGAUCUAACUUCCAAAAACCAAGAAAAGAUGGCUUCUCAAACUUGCAUAAAGAACAAAUCUGUGCCGUCUGAGGAAGCAAAAGCUAGAAAGAAGGAGGCAAAAGCUCGGAAGAAAAUAGCUCAAGAGCGUAUAGUACUUGGAGUGAAGAAGUUGAAACUCAAACCACCAGUAGCUCCGAAACCAAAACCUGUAAUAUCUUGUCGACACUAUCACAGGGGACGGUGCCUUGAAGGAGAACAGUGCAAAUUUUCACACGAUACAACUCCGGAAACCAAAUCUUUGGGUACUCCACAGGCUGCUUCAGAUAGACCGGGUGCAAAUGUAACAACCUCGUCAAGUAACACCGCUGCAGCAUCUGUCUUACCUCAGAAAUCAAAUAUACAACAAACCGUGAGUCAGGCCAUAGCCAGAUUACAGGCGACACAACCAAGACUUUUAAGCUCAACUACGUUUUUGAAGCCCCCUAGUCAAUCUAACCAAAAAGACUCAUCUGAUGCAUCAUCUUCAAAGAUCAAUGAACAUGCAACACCUCCACAGCUUCCUCCUUUGAGAAAACCAUCCGUUGCUCCAAAGGGUAUGAGUUUUCUCUCUUUUGAAAAAACCACCCAAGAGGAAGAUACUGUUACGGUUUAG